AUGAACAAUCUACGCACAUUCUCUCGUUCAUGUCUGCGCCCUAACUCGCAAUCAACUAGUUCUCUGUCUCCCGGGCCAUCAAAUGUUGGCUCGCAAACCCAAACCCACCAGGAAACUCAUGCUAACGUGGGCGUUAGACAUCUACCCGGAGCUCAGCCUGCUGGUCCAAAAGUUCAGCCUGCCGACUCUUCUGGACGACUCAACUCCAAGAUAUCCGCAUACGAUAUAGACACCAUCAAACAGCGCAUUGGAGAUUGGAUGGCACUUGCAACUGCUGGAUUCAAGCAGCAAACGAGCGGACUCCGUCAAUGCACAGAUGAGUUCACGCGGAAGACGUCCACAAAACUUUUUCAAUUAGGCUCUCAACUCAACCGCGUGACGGGCUACGAGGAGAUUGAUGCGCUCAAACAACGUGUAGUCGAGCAAGAGGCUAGAAUCAAGGCUACUCGUCAAGCAGCUCGAGAAGCUAAGACAGCAUAUGACGAUGCUGUCCUACAACGCUCUCUAUCCCAGCGCCAAGUGAAUGAGCUCUUGCAGCGUAAAUCUUCGUGGACAGACGCCGACGUCAACGCCUUCACUUCUCUUGUGCGUUCAGAUCAUCAACUGGAACAACACGAGGUCGUGACGAAGGCCAAGGUCUCCGAGAAUGAUGAUGCGUUGGACAGAGAAUUUGGUGAGCUCAUGCGCGCCAUUCUAGCUAGGUACCACGAGGAGCAAGUGUGGAGUGACAAGAUCCGAAGUGCGAGUACCUAUGGGAGUAUGAUGGUGCUUGGGGUCAAUGUGGUAGUGUUCAUACUGGCGAUCAUGGUGGUUGAGCCAUGGAAAAGGCGGAGACUAGCGCAAACGUUUGAAAAGAAGGUCGAAGAAAUGGCUGCGGAGACCCAAGCUUUGAUAGAGUCUGGAAUUGCGAAAUUGGAUGAGCGGUUGGUAAAGCAGGAGGGAUUGACCUCAGAGAUUGUGGAAAGGGCGGCGUACGAUGCUCGAGACCUGUCUAGCGAGUUUCUGCCAGUGCCAGCUGUGACAGUAUCUGUCGCUGGGGAACAAGUGGUCACUGGACCAGAGCACCCGUCAAUAUGGUCGCAUCAGGUAUCACGAAUGAUUCAAGACCGGGAGGUGCUGCUUGUUGUGGGCAGUGCUAUUGCAGGUGGUGCAGUCACUCUUAUAGCCCGAAAUCUUUUCGGAAGUUAG